ACACCCGGAAGCAGCCCUGCAGCGGAGCGGGCAGCAAUGAGUGGGGAGCCUGGACAGGUGUCCGUAGUGCCCCCUCCCGGGGAGGUGGAAGCAGGCAGUGGAGUCCACAUCGUGGUGGAGUACUGUGAACCCUGCGGCUUUGAGGCGACCUACCUGGAGCUGGCGAGCGCCGUGAAGGAGGAGUAUCCGGGCAUCGAGAUUGAGUCGCGACACGGGGGAACAGGGGCCUUUGAGAUUGAGAUCAAUGGACAGCUGGUGUUCUCCAAGCUGGAGAACGGGGGUUUUCCUUAUGAGAAAGAUCUCAUCGAGGCCAUCCGAAGAGCAAGCAAUGGAGAACCUUUAGAAAAAAUCACCAAUAGCCGGCCUCCCUGUGUCAUCCUGUGACAACACGUGAUUCUUGAAAGCUUGGUUCUGGGGCUCAAACCUGUUUCCUUGGAGCUCCACUAGGAACUUCCUCUGCCUUUUGCCCCUCACUUAGCUCCACUUAGCCCCUUUGGGCACAAGGAGGGGCUAGACAUUUCUAUGGUCUUGGAGGCAGAAAGGAGAUGUUUUCUGUGGACAUUUCCACGACCAUCUCACACCCCUCUCCUGGGAUCCGUGGUGCCCUCUGCAGCUCGGUCCUCUCCCCAGCUUGGCAGAUUCUGUAACUUAUUUUCCCUGAGUCCUGGGUAGUGUCAGCUAUUGGCAAUAAAGAGCUAUUAGCGCUACAAAC